GGCGCUGUCCUCGUCCCCGCGGAGUCCUCCGUGAGGACUGCGUUCACAGCCCGGGCCCCUCCAGCGCCUGGACCUCGCUCGGCGCUGCCCAUCCUUCGCUUCCUUCCCACAGAGCCCGCUCUCGGGCUCCUGUCUCCAGUCUCCUCGCCUGCUCAGUCUUCCCCGCCUCCGCCCUCCCGCUGCCCCCCACCUCCUUCUGUCCGGACGCCCCUCUUCCUCCUCGGCUCCCAUCACUUGGAACCGGAAUCCAGGUCCGGCCGCCUCCCAGCCUGUGCCGUCCCACAGGUGUCCGCAAGUCCGGCCGUCCAUCCGUCCGUCCUCCCGGGGCCGGCGCUGACCAUGCCCAGCGGCUGCCGCUGCCUACAUCUCGUGUGCCUGUUGUGCAUCCUGGGGGCACCCGUUCAGCCUGCCCGAGCCGAUGACUGCAGCUCCCACUGUGACCUGUCCCACGGCUGCUGCGCGCCUGACGGCUCCUGCAGGUGUGACCCAGGCUGGGAGGGGCUGCACUGUGAGCGCUGUGUGAAGAUGCCUGGCUGCCAGCACGGUACCUGCCACCAGCCCUGGCAGUGCAUCUGUCACAGUGGCUGGGCAGGCAAAUUCUGUGACAAAGAUGAGCACAUCUGUACCACGCAGACCCCCUGCCGGAAUGGAGGCCAGUGUGUCUAUGACGGGGGCGGUGAGUACCACUGUGUGUGCCCACCAGGCUUCCAUGGGCACGACUGUGAGCGCAAGGCCGGACCCUGUGAGCAGGCAGGCUCUCCAUGCCAGAAUGGUGGGCAGUGCCAGGAUGACCAGGGCUUUGCCCUCAACUUCACCUGCCGCUGUUUGGCUGGCUUCGUGGGUGCCCGCUGUGAGGUCAAUGUAGACGACUGUCUGAUGCGGCCUUGUGCCAAUGGUGCCACCUGCCUGGACGGCAUAAACCGCUUCUCCUGCCUCUGCCCUGAGGGCUUUGCUGGACGUUUCUGCACCAUCAACCUGGAUGACUGUGCCAGCCGCCCAUGCCAGCGAGGGGCCCGCUGUCGGGACCGUGUCCAUGACUUUGACUGUCUCUGCCCCAGUGGCUAUGGUGGCAAGACUUGUGAGCUAAUCUUACCAGUCCCCGAUCCUGCCGCCACAGCGGACACGCCCCUGGGGCCCACCUUGGCUGUGGUGGCACCUGCCACGGGGCCUGUGCCCCACAGCGUGGGGGCAGGUCUGCUGCGCAUCUCCGUGAAGGAGGUGGUACGGAGGCAAGAGGCUGGGCUAGGUGCAGCUAGCCUGGUGGCCGUGGUGGUAUUUGGGGCCCUCACUGCUGCCCUGGUCCUGUCCACUAUGUUGCUGACCCUGAGGGCCUGGCGCCGGGGUGUCUGCCCGCCUGGGCCCUGCUGCUUUCCUGCCGCGCACUAUGCCCCAGCACGCCAGGAUCAGGAAUGUCAGGUUAGCAUGCUGCCAGCAGGGCUCCCCCUGUCGCCUGACCUGCCCCCUGAGCCUGGAAAGACCACAGCACUGUGAUGGAGGUGGGGGCUUUCUGGCCCCCACCUUCACCUCCUCGGCUUCUCAGACUGGAGUAGGCCUUUCUCGCCACCCCUCUCCUGGGGUACACACACUGAGGGACCUCAGCCUCACACCAGAAAUACUAUUUUUUUAAUACAUACACUGUAAGGUGGAAAUGUUAUCAAAUAAAACC